CUCUCUCUCUCUCUCUCUCUCGCUCACACACUUCAUAGGUAUGUAUAGCACCCUCCCUCCACCCCUGCUCCACGCUCCACCCUCAGUCCUAGAGGACAGGCUGGUUGACCCAGGAGGAGGGGAUAGUUGUGGAGGGAGGGGGGAGGUAGUAGCAGCCGGGGCUCAGAUUCAUUUCUGCUGGUGGUGCUGCUGGAGGCACACGGCACAUUGCAGGAGCACACAUAACGUGACGCACAAGGAGCCGGGACACCCGUGGCUAUCAAAUGGAUUACUCUGACAUAUACUGGUGAACUCCAGCGCAGCGAGGAGCUCCAACACUGGCAGCAGGCGCGCACAAAGAAAAAGGACUUUUUUUUUUAUUUUUUCAACGCAGAUUGCACAAGUUGUUUUUUGUCACAUUGACAGAAAAUACAAACUCCAGCCGGCUCUGGUGAUGAUGACACAUUCAUUGAGGAGAUAUCACGCUGAGCGCAGGAUUGGUUUGGAUUGACAGCACUGGAGAAUGUUUUCUGUUCUUGUCAAACAGCUGCACGACUCCACAGGAUCAUAAGUAAUCAUUGAGACGAGAGCGCCGAGGGAAAAGGACACGCGUGAGAAAGCUUACCAUGCACUGACAACAAGGAAUGGAAAGCAUCAGUGUGGAAACGGACUGGGAUGGGUUAGCCUUCUCCUCUCUGGUCACCGCGGGAAGGAGCAACUUCUCCUCCUCCUCCUCGUCUCUGUUUGUCUCUGAACUGAACGCCCUUAACAGCUCUCACAGCGGGGGAUCCUUCUUCGGGAUCUUCCCCGAGAAUGGAUCCACCACCACGCCCCACACGCUGCCCGCGCCCAGGGCCAGGGACCCGGGGCUGGCCCGCGCAGAGAUCGCCGUGCUGGGCGUGAUUCUGGCUCUGACCACGCUGGGGAACAGCUUCGUGCUGUGGGUUCUGCUGAGGAGGAGGAAGCACAACGCGCCCAUGCACGUCUUCAUGUUUAACCUUUGUGUGGCCGACCUGGUGGUGGCGCUCUUUCAGGUUCUUCCCCAGCUAAUAUGGGACAUCACAGAGAAGUUCCAGGGGCCUGACUUUCUCUGCCGCUCCAUCAAGUACUUGCAGAUUGUGGGCAUGUUUGCUUCCUCUUACAUGAUAGUUGCCAUGACGAUAGACCGGCACCAGGCCAUCUGCUGCCCGUUGCAGGCCUAUCGGGGGGGAGCGAUGUCCCGCUGGAACACCCCGGUCAUGGUGGCCUGGGGCCUGGCGCUCGUCCUCAGCAUACCUCAGGUGUUUAUCUUCUCCCGCACUGAAGUGACUCCUGGAGAGUUCGAGUGCUGGGGCCACUUUGCGGAGCCGUGGGGGCUGAAGGCCUACAUCACCUGGAUGACCGUGGCCGUGUUCCUGCUGCCCGCCCUCAUCAUCACCAUCUGCCAGAUAAGAAUCUUCAGAGAGAUCCACAACAACAUCUACCUGAAGUCGGAGCGGAUGGUGAUGGCCGAGUUAAAGAAGAAUGAAAUCUUCUUCCGCUUCCACAGUUUCAGGAAAGAGAACGAUCGGGCGAGGGAGCGGGAGAGGGAGAGGGGGAGGAGGGCGUCGGGAGGAGGAGGAGGAAGAGGAGGACAGCUCCUAAAGUCUGUUAAUAACAACCCUCAUAACAACAGCCAUAACAGCCAGGAGUGCUACGACUAUGUUCCUGCAGCGAUCCAGUACAACAGCUCCCGCGGUGAGAACGUGACGAUAUCACCGACGCAGCAGCAGACCCUGAACGCCUCAGACUGUCAGGACUCCUUCGGGUCCUUCGAGGUGCGUUCAGGGUCCCCCCGCUCCUCCCUCGACUACGCCCCCCCUCCCCCUCCAACCACCCCGCCCCCCAGCAUCACUAAAGCCAUGUCCAAGACGGUGAGGAUGACUCUGGUCAUCGUGCUGGUCUACACCAUCUGCUGGUCGCCGUUCUUCAUCGUCCAGCUUUGGGCGGCCUGGGACCCCAACCCUCCAGAGCCAGCAGGAGUGGCCUUCACCAUCCUCAUGCUGCUGGCCAGUCUGAACUCGUGCACCAACCCGUGGAUCUACACCGCGUUCUCCAGCAGCGUGUCCCGGGAGCUGCAGAGCCUGCUGCAGUGUCGCUCGCGGUCCGGCCGCCGGGGCUCUCUGCCCGACGACUCCUCCACCACACACACCUCCACCACCAAGGACAGCCUGUACUGACAGACGGGAGAGACUGAUGGGAAAGAUACAAACAGGCAUGUUUGAAAAAGACACGCACGGAUGCACACAGGCCCUGCUGCAAGGACGCGCUGCCACCGCCACCAGCGCCACCGCCACCGCCCUCACCGCCACCACCACCUCCAGCGACGCCGCCUGAGAACACAGCGCACUGACCUCUACCAGAUGUUUCCAACAACAAAGGACAGCUGUACUGUCAACAGGCCCUCUAUCAGUAAUCACCGUUCCUCUCCAGCCGGGCAGGGAGGAAGGGUGUCAUUGAGGAUGUCAACACCAUUUUAUGGGCCGCUGUGGAAUAUACAGUGACUGCUAGUGACAAUGCAGAAAGGCCUUGAACGUAAAGACUGCUGAAGGACUUUGUGCAUUGGUGCAUUGACUCAUAUGAGGAAAAAACCCCCCCCUGCUCAGACAGAGAGAGGCAGAGCAGCAGGAAUGCGAGAGGUGGGUCACGGCAUUAGCAGCCUGACGGCACACCUAUAAUGUAGAAAGCAGCAGACAGACAAAGAUCUGGGUGUAGCGGCAGACAGAGGACAGACAGGAGGGAUGACAUGGAUGUUACAGCUGCAGGAGAAAUCUAAUAAUGUGAACAAACUUUGGUGAAUCAAAGAAAGUGGAUUAGAGGCGGACGCUCCAGGCCGAAUUCAUAUUCGCUCAGGAGGAAUCUGGUUCGAAACAUAAAGAGUGGGUUUUUUUUUUUUUUUUAGCAG